ACAUGUGUAUACUGUAACGUUUUAUUCCCUGUUAAAAUAAUACAAUUAAAAAAUCGAGUGCCUGUCUGUACUGUAUUCCGUAUCGAAUAUUUUGUGCUUAUUUAAUUGUUAGUUAAUCAUUUUACAAGUUUGUUGCGGGUUUUAUUGAUGCAAACAACUUACUCGUAUACAGUACAGUCACUGGUGUCCUAAUGGCUUUUACGGAAUCUGCACCAGGAGAAGCUGGUCUGAAACAGAAUCCCAAGAAAAGGAAAAGGCAUAUUCUCAAGGUCGGGCAUGGAGGCACUCUGGACAACUCUGCUUCAGGAGUGCUUGUGGUUGGCAUCGGGAAAGGAACCAAGAUGCUGGGUAAUAUGCUGUCGGGUUCAAAGAAAUAUACCACAGUUGGUGAAUUGGGGAAAGCCACUGACACAUUGGAUGCUACAGGAACUGGAACUGAAGAGAAGGCGUAUGAUCACAUAACAAAGGAGGAAUUUGAGGAAAGUUUGAAGAAAUACAUCGGAAACAUAAUGCAAGUUCCUCCAUUGUACUCUGCACUGAAGAAAGAUGGACAGAGGCUUUCUGUGUUGUUGAAGAAAGGACAUGCAGUGGAAGCAAAGCCAGCGAGACCUGUUACAGUGUACAGCAUCUCACUGCAGGAGUUCAAGCCUCCCCUCUUUACUCUUGAUGUUGAGUGUGGUGGAGGCUUUUACAUCAGGAGCUUGGUCAAUGAUGUUGGUAAAGACCUUUCCACUUGUGCCCAUGUGAAGGAUUUGAUCAGAACCAAGCAGGGUCCUUUCACACUGCAGGAGCACGUGCUUCACGAGGACAAGUGGACCAUCGAUGCCAUCGCUCAGUCCAUACAGGACUGUAUGUGCCUCUUCCCAACAGAGCCAGACUCGAAGAGACUGAAGACAGACUCGGAUCAGCCCAGCAAAGACUCACAAGCUGUUGAAGAGGAGUCCUGAGUUAAACUACUGCUCUGGCAGUCCCAUACUGUGUUGAGUGAAUCUCUGCACUCGCUUGUUAGGGCCCCUGCAGGUCAAUUAAAACCUAAUGAUAUUUCUCAUAUUUUACACAGCUUUGCUACCAUCUUCUGCAUUACUAGAAUUAGAAUUGGUUCAAUUAAACAAUUCAGAACAAGGUUGGAACAAAGACCAGGGCUGGAAGGGCCAGCUUUAGCCAUGGCUGAUGUAUAGCGCAGCCAUUACCUACUGUACAGCGUUGACGUAUAUUCUUGGCGCUCUGCUAUUCUAUUUUGGCAGGAGAGCAAAACAAAGCCAACACUACCGCUAGUA